AACGGUUGCAGAAGGAUCCUCAACCCGUGUCGUCUCACUCUUUGCUGGCGAAGGGAAAUCGCGACGCGGGCAACGAACAACUGGUGCCGAAACCCGGGAAAUCCAUCUUGCACCGCGAGGAAGAACCCCUCCUCUUGGAGGGAGGAUUCAGAACUGCAGGGACGACUGCUCGGAGAGGCGUGCUGCGGACCACUGCCCAGUGUUGGCACCUUUGUAAUUAAGGAAGGGGACCGUGUCGCGCAGGUGCUCCUCUUCCCGGCUGGUUUUGAGGACCCUAAACGGAGAGGCCCCUUGGAAAUCCCCGCCACGAAUCCUGUGCAAGCUUACCUAGUCAUGGACCUGGCCAAGAGACCUAAACUGACCCUUUCCAUUCAGGAGAACAUGCGGCUCGUCGUCCGGUGCCGACCCUGCGGGUUUGCAAUGAUGAUCCUGCUGCUGACUGUGCAACCGACGGAGGCCGGAUUGGGCCGGCCGGCUGACCCUACACGCCUCCUACAACAGCUGUAUGGGACCCCGUGCAACUGUCAGGGAGGACAAUCUUCGGUGACCCCAACGAGCUACACGCAAACCGUGGACUGUGGGACUCUGACUAUAUAUCUCGCCACGCGGCCCAGUGCUCGGGGCGGGCUAACCCAGUUUUGGCAGUGCGUGCCCAAGCCUACUUUUAUAAAUAAGGGGGAUCCCUGUCCUCAAAACUGUCAAGUGGUAGACCAGAUAAAUGCCAUGUGUUAUACCAGCUAUUCUGAAUGUACCCUAGGAGGAAAGAGGUAUUUUACUGCAAAGCCCCAUAUGUCCUACGAGGGAACGCUCGGGGGUGACUGGUCAGUCGUCCCCUCCAGCAGAGGGAACCCUAAGUAUGCUGCUGCCUCAUGCACGGCCCCAGUGGGCAAAGAUGCCUGCUGGCCCACGCGUGCCCCCUUGCAUGUCACUGACGGGGGUCCCUCCGAUGUGGUUCGGGAAAGGGAGGUGGGACAGCAGAUUCAGCAACUGAUUUUGGCUCUCUAUCCCCAAAUUUAAUACGCAAUGCGGAGAGUGUACCAUGACGUGGAAACCGCUUGAUGCUAUGUUGGUUGAUUGCAUUUCUGAUUUUUUUGAUGGUUGUAUUUUUGAUUGUUGUUUUGAUUAUUUGCUUUUACCUGUGUUAUAGCUGACUGCUGCCUGGUGCCCCAAUCCUCUGACGGGGGCUCGGACUCGUUGGGCUCCCGCUAUCCCCCUCUAUCUUGCGCUCAUGGCUCCUGCUCUGGGAGCAGCCCUUGCACGCUCGGAGCCACAAGGGCUCAUUGCACGAGUACGGGUGCUCCCGAGUAUUCUCCCUGAGAAGGGUGUCAGGCCGGAGAGCACUGCACUGAGUUGGCCCCCGACUCAGGGUGGCGAGCCACUUGCAUAGGACCGCCGUCGGAUUUUGCCCUGCCUGGAAGUGAGGACGGUGGGACAGGUGGAGCCUUGGCGCGACCUGAUGGGGACGUGCGGAGGCCUCCUCAGUCCCUUGUAAUACAGGCAGUGGUGACCACCACCCCCUUCUACCAACAGGAUGGCUCCAUAAAUAAAGACAUAAGGGGGAGAUGUAGGGAGCCAGAGCACAUUGCGCAUGAGUGGCGGCCAUGACAGAAUGACCUCAUAUGGGGUGAUUGGCAAGAGCCAAUAGAUGAGCACCACGUCAGAGGCGGGGCAACCAGGCUAUAUAAGGACUGCCGUUACCCGGGUUGUGGUUCUUUCUCUUCGUGAGUUAACUAAAUAAAUGGUUGCAGAAGGAUCCUCAACCCG